GGGGGAGGAGGUGUUUGCAUUUCUCCGCAGGACCAGCUCGCUUUGCAGAGCAUUGUCUGGGUAUGAGAAUCACACGCACAGAAAUACAGGGGAGAGCACACCAGAGCCUUGACUCGCAGACAGAGCAUCUGAUCCAGCCUGAAUACUCUUCUCCUUCCCCCACACCAACCCUUACUUCCCAAGCACGAGUAAUCCCCCGCUAGGAAUAAUAAUAAUAAUAAUAAAAAGCAGGGAAAAAAAAAAAAAAGUUUGUAAAUCCCCUGCCUCCCUUUUUAUUCUGGGAGGUUUUGGUCUUGCUUUUUUAUUUUUAUUUAUUUAUUAUUUUUUAUUUUGUAUUUAGCGAUGGCAAAUUCCUUCACGGCCAGAACCUGGCCCAUCCCCUGAGCAAAGGCAGCCUGGACAUGACCGGCAGGCGAGGGAGGAGGAAUUUGGAUUCCCUUCGGAGGCACCGACCCCUCCUCCGCCCGGUACGAGCGAGGCGGGGGGAACCGGGCUCCGGCCGCUCCCUCCCACCGCGGGCAGCCGGGGCUGGGCAGGUUCUGCCGGGGAACCGGUCACUGUCCCCCCCUCCGCUGGCUCCGACCCCACCGAUACCCGCCCCGCCCCGGCACGACGGGGAUGCAGCAUCUCCAGCACCCGGACGGAUCCUUGCUGCAAUGAGAUCUGAGCCCUGAUUUGAAGACCUCAACAAAAAGAUCUGCAGACAGUGUGUGCUUCAGCCUUAAUACUAGUGUUAAAAAGCAAAAUUUGACUGAAGUUCAAAAUUAAGAGAGAACAUGGACAUCAUUUGGAAGAUCUGCUUCUUCACCUGCGUAUUGCUUCCCAUGGUUACAGCAACCCAUUCCAACUGUAUCAUUAAAAAGGAGCAAGAGACUUGUCUGGAGAAGAUACGAAGGGCAGCUGCUCUGAACCCUCUCAAUGACUCUUCUCCAGGUUGCCCCGGAAUGUGGGAUAAUAUUACAUGCUGGAAACCUGCAAGCGUGGGUGAAAUCGUCUUUGUCAAGUGUCCUGCACUGUUCAGAUUUAUCAUCUCUGAAGACGGUUGGGAAGUGGAUAACUUGGGGCAAACCCAUGCAGGUGAUUAUGACCUGCUGGAAAGCACAGCCCAGUCUCCCCUAGGGGACAUCAGUAGAAACUGCACUGAAGAUGGCUGGUCUGAACCUUUUCCUCAUUAUUAUGAUGCCUGCGGCUUUGAUGAAAAUGAAACGGAGUCUGAUAAUCAGGAUUAUUACUAUCUAUCUGUGAAGGCUCUAUACACCGUGGGAUACAGCACCUCUCUCGUCUCCCUCACCACUGCCAUGGUUAUCCUGUGUCGUUUCAGGAAGCUUCACUGCACACGGAAUUUUAUCCACAUGAACCUCUUUGUUUCAUUCAUCCUACGUGCAAUAUCUGUAUUCAUUAAAGAUGGGGUUCUUUAUGCUGAACAGGAUGGCAACCACUGUUUUAUCUCAACAGUGGAAUGCAAAGCAGUGAUGGUGUUUUUUCACUACUGUGUUAUGUCCAACUACUUCUGGCUUUUCAUUGAGGGAUUGUACCUUUUCACUUUAUUGGUAGAAACCUUUUUCCCAGAGAGGAGGUAUUUCUACUGGUACACUAUUAUUGGCUGGGGUACCCCAACAAUUUGUGUCACUGUCUGGGCAGUGCUGAGACUUCACUUUGAUGAUACUGGCUGCUGGGACAUGAAUGACAACACUGCCUUGUGGUGGGUGAUCAAGGGUCCUGUGGUUGGAUCAAUCAUGAUAAACUUUGUGCUUUUUAUUGGCAUAAUUGUGAUACUUGUGCAGAAACUCCAGUCACCUGAUAUUGGGGGCAAUGAAUCCAGCAUUUACUUCACCCUCCCUCUUCCUCCCAGAUGCAGCUGCAGUCCAUGCACAGGACACAUGCGCUGCGUUCAGAAAUGCUACUGUAAGCCUAAGAGGGCUAACCAGCACUCUUGCAAGAUGUCAGAACUAUCAACCAUUACCCUGAGACUGGCUCGCUCUACACUACUGCUUAUCCCCUUGUUUGGAAUUCACUACACGGUGUUUGCUUUUUCUCCUGAAAAUGUCAGUAAGCGGGAGAGACUAGUGUUUGAAUUGGGACUGGGAUCUUUCCAGGGUUUUGUUGUUGCUGUUCUCUAUUGUUUCUUGAACGGGGAGUUUCUCCCUAAAGGUGCAAUCAGAAAUAAAGAGAAAAUGGAGGAGCUGGAAAGUCAACCGGUAUUUUGCUGUGGAUUUCAAACAUCGUCAUCCUUCUCUAGCGAGCAGCGGAGUGAACGGGGGGACACAACUCUCCAUUCUGAGCAAGAGCAGCUCUCAGAUUCGGAUGUCCAGCAUAAAUGCGGAGAACCUAGCGACAUGAGCAGCUAAGGAAAACAAAUUGAUCGACAAACAAACCAAAAACCAUCCCUUUAAAAAGAAAAAAACAACAACAUAUUUUUGGUGGUGACUGAAGUCUCCUUUCCUUUCCUUUCCUUUCCUUUCCUUUCCUUUCCUUUCCUUUCCUUUCCUUUCCUUUCCUUUCCUUUCCUUUCCUUUCCUUUCCUUUCCUUUCCUUUCCUUUCCUUUCCUUUCCUUUCCUUUCCUUUCCUUUCCUUUCCUUUCCUUUCCUUUCCUUUCCUUUCCUUUCCUUUCCUUUCCUUUCCUUUCCUUUCCUUUCCUUUCCUUUCCUUUCCUUUCCUUUCCUUUCCUUUCCUUUCCUUUCCUUUCCUUUCCUUUCCUUUCCUUUCCUUUCCUUUCCUUUCCUUUCCUUUCCUUUCCUUUCCUUUCCUUUCCUUUCCUUUCCUUUCCUUUCCUUUCCUUUCCUUUCCUUUCCUUUCCUUUCCUUUCCUUUCCCUUCCCUUUCCUUUCCUUUCCUUUCCUUUCCUUUCCUUUCCCUUUCCUUUCCCUUUCCUUUCCUCAAUGUCUGUAGAGGUGAAAAAGCAAAGGAAAUGUGUGUGUAUAUACAUAUAUCUUUUUAAUGACCACUGUAAAUACCCAACUGUACUCAAGGCCAUUAAUAGAAAAAAAUUUAAAAGAUAAACAACAGGCCAAGCCCACCCACUCAAUGAUUUACAUUUCAGAGCAUCCGCAAGUAAUCUGUUGUGAGUCAAAAGUAACAAGUGAUUGCUGUGCAGUUGUGAUCCUUGGUUGCCAAACUGAUACUAAUCUGUGAAUGGACAUGCCCAUUGUUAUUUUUUCAAGUUGUUUUCCGUUUUGGUUUGGAUUUGCCUCUUUUUUGUUUUCUUUUUUUUCUUUCGAGUCAAACAUAUCUUAGUGUGUCCCUGUCUUUUGGCAUGUGAAUUUCUGCGGUGUUUCUCUUUUGAGUCUUAGGAUGGAGCUGAUAUGCUUGGGUUAAUCAAACCAGCCGAUUCAGGAAGUACUCCGGAAAAUUGAGUUCAUGACUGGAUUUAGUCAGACAUUCCCAGUGGACUUAAAGAAACUGCUGUUCCAAUGUGAAGCUGCAUAGCUACCAUCGCUCAGUGGGGGGCUCCAGGCAAAAGAGAUGGGAUCAGCUGUCUUUCUAUACCCAGGGACACUUCUGAGAAUGCUUUAUGUUCUAGAAAAGCUGUGAAUUUUCUAAAAGGAUCAUGCGGUUGAGAUAUAUCUAUAUUUUUGGCAUUGAGUGGUUGAUCAAUAGAUUGAUUAAUUGGAUUCUUUGAACAAUAAAAAUAACUGUGCCCUCCCUCCCACCUUAAGAGUAAAAUUCAGUUCUAGGAUGGCCAGUCCCUCCAGAUAACCUUGAACCCUUUGCAUCUGUGUCCAAACAGGGCAUGUUUUUGGGUAGUGCUGUCACACAGAGUGCGGUGCCUUCGCAACCUGGUUGACUUGUGUGUGUUGACUCUUCCCUGCCAGAGCCAAAGGCACAAGAGGGAUCUGGCAUGAUCAUCUUGGAAAGUGAAAGUCAUCUACAUUUGGUGAGCAACUGAACUGAACACUGAGAUGGUAUGGAAGGAAAACAUAAAGAGUUUGGAUGACUUCCCACACCUGGCAGUUUUUUCUUUCUUUGGAUAUUCUGUUUAUUUAACCACCAAUGGUCUUACUGCUUUUCUUUAAGGGGAACUAAAAUGUUCUCUCAGUCUUUGCCUUGUAGUUAAAGCCACGACUGGUACAUAGCUGCUUCAAUCAAAUGUCAGUUAUGUCAAUUCUUAAAAGUCUUUAUACAAUGCAUAAAGGCUUUGAAGACCCUCCUAGAAUUCACUUAAUUUUGGAUUUAUGGACUGAUAUAUAUAUAAUAUAUAUAUAUGCAUGUGGAAGUAUAUGCAUAUAUUAAAAAAGUGAAAAUAACUUUAUGAAUGUGAAGUUUUGAACUGAAACUAAUAGUAACCAGGAAAUUCAAAAUUCAGGCUUGCUCUUCAGUGUUAGUUGACAUGAUCAUGUACAAAAAAAAGUGAAAGACUUAGAAUUCUAGUGUCAGCUGAGUGUGAGCUUUUAAUUUCACUGGUUUUGGUUAGUUUGGGUAAAAAAAAAAAAAAAAAGUUUUAAUGUCAUUUUUGCAUAGUUUUAAAAAAUAAUACUGGUUUCCUUAUUUUUAAAAGGAGGAAAAAAAGGUCUCAGAAGUUGGGAAAGAGUUAUUAAUUAUAAUACUUAACACUUAUAUAGUGCUUUACGGGACAUAAUCUGCUCUCAGUUGUAGCAGUGUAAAUGAAUGUAAAAAUAAUUUGAAAUAGGCAGAAAUGUUGAUAUUGACUUUGUGUUUGUACAGGGUCAUAGUUUUAUGAGAUGGUAACCCCCGUUCUGGUGAAAUCUGUCCUUGCACAGAUGACCAGCAAAAAGUUUUAAAUCACUUAAAUUGCACUCCAGUGUCUUAAGUGGGACUUAAAUGAUCACAGAAUCACAGAAUCACAGAAUCGACUGGGUUGGAAAAGGCCUCACAGAUCAUCAAGUCCAGCCCUUGGUCCAACUCUAGUCCGUUUACUAGAUCAUGGCACUAAGUGCCAUGUCCAAUCUCAGUUUAAAAACCUCCAGGGACGGCGAGUCCAGCACCUCCCUGGGCAGCCAUUCCAAUGCCUGACCACUCUCUCUGCAAAGAAUUGCUUUUUAAUAUCCAGCCUAAAUUUCCCCUGGCAGAGUUUAAGCCCAUGCCCCCUUGUCCUAUUGCUAACUGAUCUGGACACCUACUUUUCUUUUCCAAAGUCUUCAGCACUGGUUUGCUGCUCUGAGAGCAGAAUUUGUUCCCCUCUACCAGACUGUCUGCAAAAGUCACGAAAGUAUUUUUAACUGAUAGAUUAGGGCUUCCUCUCUCAUUAGAUGAUGCUAAAAGCUAUUUUAGAAGGUUUCCCAAGAAACCAUGCACUUUAAAGUCCAGAAAGACACAGGAGAUGGGGGAAGUCAUAUCUGUCAGAUAAAUGCAUACCUAGACAUGUUUUGAAUCAGACUAUCUAAUCUUAAAUGGGAUAACUUUUAGUUUUGUAUUUUCUGUAGUAUGGGCUUUCACAAGGUAUUAUAUUGACAAUACUGUAAGUGUGUUAUUUAAAAAUCAAAAAGUAUAUUUUGCAUGAAUGGCUAGUAGCCAGUUUUCAAGCAUUAAUAAAUUAGAACUUUUGAGAAAAAGACGUUGAAUAACUGCCUCUAGCUGGAGACUUUUUGAUGUUCCAGUCCAGAGCAAGAUGUCUGGAUCUAUUUUUAUUAUUAUCACUUUUUUUGUUGUUGUUGAGGCUUUCUCUGAGCUUGCUUUCAGAUUCUGUUGUUUUCCUGGCUGUCUGACAGCGCUCUUCAAUGUGAGUUGGUGGAUCUCAGCCCAGUGCCUCCUGGGAAAAUGUCAGUGUCACCAAAACCACCAAUACUGCACAGAGACCAAGUCCUCAGCUAAAUUAAAAUCAGUACAGAAAACUGUUGUAAAUAUUUGAACAAAGCCACUUCACUUUGGUUUUAGAUUUGGCCUGAGCACCUUAUUGUUACUGUUAUUUUUUGGUGGGUUCAGCCAAGGACUGAAUAGUCAUGAAAAUUUGGGUUUACCCCUUAAAUUCCUAGAGUAAAUGAUCAGGAAUCAGGCAAGCUGGAAGGUAGAGGAGAGGAAAUUUCUGAUGUUACAGUCCCUGUGUUUCUUCUUCAGUGGACAAAAUGAACUCUUCAGUACCUUUCACCAGCACUGAACUUACUAAAAGAAAUGGAAUCUCUUGGCAUAUUUAAUAUACAAUAUAUUAUACAACCAACCCCCAUUUAUUAUGGUUUUUCUUGGCGGUGUUGGUACACUUGCAAAUGUGACUUUCCUGAGUCACUUGAACUUUCUCAGUGUUACUGGAAAGAUCAUACUUCAGGUUUAUGUAGUUAUUUAAACCAGACUCUGAUGCCAUCGCACAAAAUAGCUCUCAAGAAAUCUUUAUGUUGAAUGUAAGCUGAAGAUGCUGGAUGUGCAUGGGCACCAUGCACAGUGACUGUCAUUUCUAUUUGUUUCAGGCUGGAAGAAACCAACAGGUGGUUUGCUUCUAAGUGUGUGUAAAUAUCAAUUGAGUGUAACAGUGCUUUGUUUGAUUUUUCACUGUGAAAUAUAUUUUGGACCUAAAAAAGCUAUGUUAUUAAAAACAAUAGAUAAUUGAAAGAAAAACAAGAGUGCAGUGCUCCUUGAGCCAUUUUUCCUACCAUGUCCAUAAUGUAUUUCUUGUCUAAUUUUCUUAUUUUGCUUUUGUAAUCGUGCAGAAUGUUUCUGUGCUGCAGCUUUUGUGACUAUUUACUGUAGCUAGCCACUGUUCCAUUAUUGACUUUUGGAUGUGGAGUGCUGGUACUACAGGACAAUUAACAUCCCAAAAUGAUAAGUACAACCUAUAUUUCAAAGGACAGGGCUUCUCUCAUUGCUGCAUUGACCUCACCUCCUUUUACCUUUACUUACAUUUAGUAUAUCUGGAACUCAGAGUCCAGGUAGUGAAACUUAAAUGCUUAGCUGUGGGAUUUUUUUAUUUCAGAAAGGAAAAAUAUCCAUGUUCCUCUGCAUCAUUUAAGCAUUUGUAGUUGAAAAACAGGUGUUAAAAUAGGGUGGAGAAGGAAAAGAGACGAAGGCAGGUGAGUUUAGAGUGAAAUGCAAAAACCAUGCAUUUUGGAAGCUAAAUUCAGACUGUAUAUUUGGUGUCUAGCUCCUUUUCAGCAGCUAUCCAUCAUUGUUAUUAAAGAACUGUGUCUUGCAACUACAAGGCUAAAUAACAACCGGAAGUGGACAGAAACAACUGUGCUGCUAAUCUGAGAUUGCAUUUGCAAAGGUGGUUUUCCCUAGACUGCCUCCAUCAUCAACAAUGACUGUAAGAUACUUUCCAGAAUGGAAUGCAGAGCACUUCGUGGAAACACAGAAUCAUAGAAUCAACAGCCCAGUAUGGAAGGGACUUCAAACAACCAUCUGGUCCAAAGUUUCAUGGGAAAGGGAGCCCAGACAAGAUUAUUUAGCAGCCUAUCCAAUCACAUCUUGAAAACCUCCAGUGAUGAAGACUCUACCACAUCCCUGGUGACAUUCCAGUGAAUUGUGGCUUUACAUUUUACAGUGUUCUCACUGUAAUUUAUUUUUUUUCUUAUAUCAAGGUGAAACUAUUCCCAGUGAAACAUGUGCCUGUUCCCAUUGUCUUUUCCAUGUCGGUCCUGAAGAAGAAACAGCCUCCAUCCUCUUUGUAGCUAUCCUUUUAGUGCUAGAAUACUGUGAUGAGGUCCUCCCUGAGCCUUCUCUUGUCUGGGAAGAAAAGACCUAAUUCCUUCAGUGUUUCACCAUUUAGCAGGUUGUCCACCCCUUUGAUCAUCUUCAUGGCCAUUCUUCUGACCUUGUCCAUUUUGGCCAUGUCCUUCUUGAAUUGUGGGCACCAGAACUGGACACAACAUAGUGUUUGUUAGACUCCCACUCAAAACUUGACCUGGGAGAAUCUGAUUCUCAUCAGCAGUGAUGAACAGAUUGGUUGCCAUAAUUUGUCUUGCCCGUGUGAUUUUGUAAAACUGUGUUUUUUCAUAAUAUUGUCAUAUCAAUGAUAGAUGAAAUUCUGCUUCUGCAUAGAAUAAUAGCUUCUGUACUUGCUUAUGAAAGGCUACAUAGGACCUCUGGUUAGCUCAAAGAUUUUAAUUUUUUUUAAUUUCAUAAAUUCCAUGGACAUAAGAAACCAGUAACUAAAAGUAUUUAAAGCCAAAAUGAUCAAGAAUAAAACAUAUUUAGCAGAGUUAGAGCUAUUAGUCUCUGAUUCUCAAGUGUUUCAGAGCAUUACAGACCCAUAAGGAGAGUUAAUCUGAAAGAAAUUCUGUAAUUGCCGUUAUUUUCACAGCAUACUACUGCCACUCCUAAACUGAUUAAAUCCCCUUUUAAAAUUCAGUAUGCUUCUCUUUUUCUUACCUUCUCUUCCCACUGGAAAUUUAUUGUAGAACUUCACUCUUCCAGCAUCUAGAAACCUUUUUCUGAGUUUCAAACUAAAGUAACUCUUGGAUUGUUUGUACUCCUUGUCACUAAUCUUGCCUCCAGUUCCUUUUUCCCUUCCUGAAAUAUGAACAGCUUUAAUUCAGAUAAAGUCUACAGCUUAUCUAUGAUUGUGCAGCUGAAAGAUAAGGCUAAAAAUAAUCAUACUAUUAAGCUCCAUUUGUUUCAGCUCUCAUCUCAAUUUGGUCAGCAAAAACAAUGCAAAGAAGCAAAUACAGACAUAUGCAAAUCCUUUGAGAACAGCAAGAAAAUUAACUGGAAUUAGCAUGCCAAGCACCCUAAAAACAAAAAAAAAAAAUCUAGUCUUUAAAGUGUAUAAAUGAGAUUUGGGUUUUGAGUGGUUUUCAUUCAGUCAGAUUUAAAGGCAGAAACUAUUCUGAUCUUCUCCUUUUCUGGUUUCAGUUAUGAUCUUGCAAGAAAAUCUGUAUUGCUGCUGUUUUCCAAUCAAAGGAAUAGGACACUCAUUCAGUAAACAUACGGGAGGAUAUCAACAUUCAAAUGGGCAAAAACGCAUGGAUUGUGUCAGCUUGUGAGGUUUCAGUGCUCAUGUAUCUGACACUGUUACUAAACCCCUACUAAAUCCGUCCUGUGAACCAUGCAGAUACUUAACGUCACUUUAUUUUUUCACCCUGGUCCUGCCAGAAAUCAGAUAAAAAACUUUCAGAGGGUAUAGCAAAAAUGAAAAAUAAUUCUAGAGUGACUUUAGUACACAGUGGCAGUAAGAGUGAUGCAAAACACCAUUGGCUUUAUUUGCCUUGUUAUUUGAAAUUGCUUGUCGAUAGUGUUUCAGGAACAAUUGCCCGUGGCAGACAUUUUCAAUCCGUGAGCUGUAGCGAUUUCAGAGCCUGUAGACUAUUUCUGAAGUGUCCAUGGAAGAUGAUUAAGGAAAAUAAGUUCGUUCUUUGUUUAUAGGAAUAUAUGUUUGUAAGGCUGCUGAAGGGCUUUUGUCUUUACUUAUGUGAAGCAUCUCACAGAUCAAAAAGAGGUUGAAAACCUGCAAACAGCUGAGGAUGAGUUACUACAGGCUAUUUUCCAUGGACAAUUAGUUGAUUGUCUGUUUUUUCAACUUUCUGCACAUAGUGUCAUCCAGUCUUUAAUGAACCUCUCAACACCUCCCAUCCAACAUCCACUUUGACAAAUAAUGAGAGAGGAGAUGGUGAGGAAAACAUGACCACUGUUAGCAAGCUAUAAUCACAAGGAGUAUCUUUAUACCAAUAUUGCAGAAGGGAUAGGACGAAACAUCAGUAUAACCAGGUCUCUUUGCAGGUUUUUUUACCAUGAGUGACUGGUUUGAGAAGAUACAGGUAGAACAGAUGCUACAUCCUGGAUGAUGCUACUGUACAUACCCCUCUGUGCCCUCAACAUCUACAGAAACAGGCUAACUGUGAUUUCACAGCUGCCAUGAAGUCCUAUGAAGCCUUCUUGGAUGACCAAGUGCAAGGAUCUCAAUGCCGAAGGUAAUCUUCAUAGUUUCCACAUUCAGUGGAUGCACCCAGAAAGUCCAACAAAUCAAGGUUUUCCUCUUUUCUUUCAUUAUAUGAUUUCAUGAUAGUAAGACUUCAUUUUCUGUUCUGAGAUUUUCUCUUGUGGGCAAGGCUUCCAGAGAAAUGUAGGAUACUUAAAAUCAUCUGCUACAUGACACUGUAGAGCAAUAAAUAUGACCUCAGAAGAGCUAUUAUAGAGUGAAAGGUCUAAAGGGGCACAGGACAAAGUAAUAAAACCAGAUAGAGCAGAAUGUAUGGGCCACUACAUGAGAUCCUACUUAGCCUCCAGCUGCUGGACAAGACAAGUUUCUCUUACAGUGCCUCUGUAAAAUCUAUGAGCUCUGUUUGGAUGCCUAGGAAACUGAGAUAAACUCACUGGAUGGGAUUCAGCUCCAAAGUCAGAUGGCAAGACUUAGAUAUCUCUGUGAAGGCAGUGUCCGUUUGACUCCUGAGUCUACAACUAGAAACGUACAUAAUGCAAAGAUGCAACCAAAUAUCUGGUUUUACCUGAUUUUCUUUCUUAGAAAGUUAGAGAUCAAGGGCUAUAUUAAAUAUGUAUCCCUUUCAACAUCUGACACUUUCAGCGUUAGGCAUUCUGGCUCAUAGGCAAAGUCCUGGAAAAGAUCCUGUGUCACUAAACAGGCAGCUAAGGACAUACCCACAUCACUUAACUUUAGACAACAAUAGUGAAGAUAUCUUCCUUUCAUCUAGUUCCUUCUCUUUGCCUUUGUGGUCACGAGAGCAAUGAGCAAUUUUAGGGCACAGGCAUCAAACAUAUUGUUGAUGUCUACUCAAGGAUGAGAUGAUUCACACUUUGCAAUAUCUGUUUCUUUCCACCAGGAAGUCUAGCUGACCAGAUCAGAGAAAGAUGCUGACACUAUGGAAAUCUAUAUGUAGAUGACUUUUCUCUUGACAACUUAGCCCAGUCACUAUUGUUCUCUUUCAUGCAUGCUGAGAAGUAAUGGUCUUGAAAAGCUUGAGGGUGACUUCAGUUGGGUAUUACGAACCAGAUUUGGGGGAGGUACAUGCCUGCUAAAGGCUUAGUAGUUUAGUAAUUUUCAGGAAGUCUUGUUCUCUCUGUCAGAUUGUGUCCAUAUGACCAGCACUUCUGUGUCCAGAAACAAACCAUGGUAUAUAGUGCACAUGCAGUGACAAAAGGGAUUUUACAUUCUGCUUUUAGCAGUCAGGAACAUGCAACCGGUUCAGAAUUGCAUUUAAGAGUAAUACUAAGAAGAUACGGAGAUACUCUGAUGUUAAGCUCCAUGCAUAUCCACACUAAAGAGCUAAGUUCAGCUAAAUACACAUUGUACUUUGUAUAUGAAAACACACCAGCAGAGCUUGAAAAAUGUCUUGAACCUCGUGGUCCUUCACCUUCUUAUGAUUAAAAUUGCAAUUUCCCAUUGGCUUUCUUUUGGGGAAUUCAUCCGUGUAAACAAUUACUGUGUGAUAUGAUACUGUGUGAUAUGACACUCUUCAGUGUCUGAAAUGACUUAGGCUUCUGGAUAUACCUUUUUCAAUGGACUUCGUGCUUGCAGAGAAGUCUCAAGAGGCCUUCGUGUACUGGUAUAACCUGUAAAAACAAAUACUUGAUGUGUUCAUUCUCCUUUCCUUCUUCUUGUCAAUUUAGUGGCAAUGUAACAUGCUAUAGCUCUGAGAAGUACCAAGUUAUUGAAUGGCAAGCUGUAUUUUGGCUUUUGACUGUGUCAAGGUACAAAUUUACCGGCCUGUUGAGUCUAAUACUGACCUUUUUUGGUCAAAAUUGGUUUAAUAGGUAAUGGGAUCUGGGGUUAUUCAGCUUUGUUAUGAGGUGGAAACACAGAUAUCUGUGAAAGAUUGCUGCUUUCUAACCUUUUUUGUGUUUUGAGAAAUUGUUUUUAACAUGUAUACUGCUGUAGAUGACACAAUAAAUGUAUUAUCAUUUUGUAUAA